AUGUCUAUGUAUUUUUCUUUUUCCCCAGGUAAUGCAUUUGUGGUGAGCCUGGCUUUGGCUGAUCUGGUGGUGGCCUUGUAUCCAUACCCACUGGUGCUCUUAGCUAUUUUCAACAAUGGAUGGACUUUGGGUGAAAUGCACUGUAAAGUGAGUGGCUUUGUGAUGGGACUAAGUGUAAUAGGCUCUAUUUUCAACAUCACUGCAAUUGCAAUAAACCGAUAUUGCUAUAUAUGUCAUAGCUUUGCCUAUGACAAAGUGUACAGCUGUUGGAACACGAUGCUCUACGUCUCCUUAGUCUGGGUAUUAACAGUAAUUGCAACUGUGCCAAAUUUUUUUGUUGGCUCUUUAAAGUAUGAUCCACGCAUCUAUUCAUGCACAUUUGUUCAGACUGCAAGCUCCUACUAUACGAUAGCUGUUGUGGUAAUUCACUUCAUCAUCCCUAUCACCAUUGUGAGCUUCUGCUACCUUCGAAUUUGGGUUUUAGUGCUUCAAGUUAGAAGACGAGUCAAGUCAGAAACAAAGCUAAGACUGAAGCCAAGUGACUUCAGAAACUUUCUUACCAUGUUUGUGGUUUUUGUGAUUUUUGCCUUUUGCUGGGCACCUCUAAACUUCAUUGGACUGGCUGUAGCCAUCGAUCCUGUGGAAAUGGCACCAAGAGUUCCUGAAUGGUUGUUCAUUAUAAGCUACUUCAUGGCCUAUUUCAACAGCUGCCUUAAUGCAAUAAUAUACGGAGUUCUUAACCAGAAUUUUCGGAAUGAAUACAAAAGAAUUUUAAUGUCACUGUGGAUGCCAAGGCUUUUCUUCCAGGACACAUCCAAAGGAGGAACUGAUGGUCAGAAGAGCAAGCCUUCUCCUGUUUUAAACAACAAUGACCAAAUGAAAACUGAUACCUUGUAAAUGUGUAAUAGUCAUGCAAGAAUUUGUCACGGAGAAACUCAAGAGUAUAUUUGUAAUGUUCUGGUCAUUCUUGCUUACUUGUGGGGUCUUUCCAUUUGGAUGGCACUUUGUGACUGGAAUACUGUGUUCUUGAUAAAGCA